CUCCUCUCUCCGUGCUCCCUGUCGGUGUAUCAGUGCGUGUGAAGUGUGGGGAUAACAGACGCUCAUGUGAGCAGCCUCRGCGGCAGCAGCUCUGACUGGUGAGGAAGAGGAGCGAGGACAGGAGAGGAGAGGCGGGGAUAACGGAGCCACCACCACCAUCAUUCUGAUCGGAUUCACACCAGACAUGUGAGAAGAUGUCCGUGGGCGGCUGCGCGUGUCCCGGCUGUUCCUCCAAAUCCUUCAAGCUGUACUCCCCCAAGGAGCCCCCCAACGGUAGCACUUUCCCCCCUUUCCACCCCGGCACCAUGCUGGACAGAGACGUGGGUCCCACUCCGAUGUACCCACCCUCAUAUCUGGACCAAGGAAUAGGGAGGCACACGCCAUAUGGCAACCAGACAGACUACAGAAUAUUUGAGCUCAACAAACGGCUACAGAGUUGGACGGAGGAGUGUGACAACAUCUGGUGGGAUGCAUUUACUACAGAGUUCUUCGAAGACGAUGCUAUGUUGACCAUUACGUUCUGUCUGGAAGAUGGACCCAAACGUUACACAAUUGGCCGAACGCUAAUCCCGAGGUACUUCCGGAGUAUAUUUGAGGGCGGUGCCACUGAGCUCUACUAUGUGCUGAAACAUCCCAAGGAAUCUUUUCACAACAAUUUUGUCUCCCUUGACUGUGAUCAGUGCACCAUGGUCACCCAAAAUGGAAAGCCAAUGUUCACACAGGUGUGUGUAGAAGGACGUUUGUACUUGGAGUUCAUGUUUGACGACAUGAUGCGGAUAAAGACGUGGCACUUCAGCAUCAGACAACACCGUGAGCUCAUCCCGCGCAGUAUACUGGCCAUGCACGCCCAAGACCCACAGAUGCUGGACCAGCUGUCCAAAAACAUAACAAGAUGUGGCCUGUCAAACUCCACCCUCAACUACCUCCGACUGUGUGUUAUUCUGGAGCCCAUGCAGGAGCUGAUGUCCAGGCACAAAACAUACAGCCUCAGCCCCAGAGACUGCCUCAAGACCUGCCUCUUCCAGAAAUGGCAGAGGAUGGUGGCACCGCCUGCCGAGCCAUCGAGACAGGCCCCCAACAAAAGGCGGAAGCGAAAGCCGUCAGGUGGCAGCACCAUCAGCGGAGGAGGAGGUGCUAACAAUACCAGCAACAACAAAAAGAAGAGCCCUGGUAGUGGCUUCCCUCUGUCCAGCCAAGUUCCAGAUGUGAUGGUGGUGGGAGAGCCCACUCUGAUGGGCGGGGAGUUCGGCGACGAGGACGAGCGCCUGAUCACGCGGCUGGAGAACACACAGUUCGACGCGGCCAACGGCAUCGACGACGAGGACAGCUUCAACAACUCUCCGGCUCUGGGCUCCAACUCACCCUGGAACAACAAGGCCCCCUCCAGCCAAGAGAGCAAGAGCGACAACCCCACCUCACAGGCAUCACAGUAGAACGCAGAGCCCCCGAAACCUCUACACAACCCCCCCUCUCUGUCAUCCCUCUGCUCCCCCCGCCCUACCUCUAUAGCCAUGACUGCAGCCCAAUCAGUCCACAGUCUGCUCUCCAAGCCAAACACUGCUGUAGCACUCAGAGUCACUCACAGGUAGCGAGAAGGAGCUCGGUUCAGCCUCCAACUGAGCUUUUCUUUCCCCAGUGCUCCCAACAUUUAGGCACAACCUCCCAUUACUGUUUCAGUUUUUUCAACUGGUACACAAAAUGACCCAUCUGCUGUUGCUUUUUUUUUUCCUUGGAUGGCAGUUGGGUUGACAUGACUGAAAAAGUAGCAGGAUUUUAUUCUACAGCGGAACUAAGUACACUAACCUAWCCUAACCGAAGGGAGGCGACACGGAGCAGGUGGGGUGGAGGGGAUGUUGGCAGCAGGGGGGCUUCAAGCUGGCGGCGAGCUGCUCGGGGACCACCGGUCCACCCGCCGUGGGAAACAUGGCUCUCGAUUGUGGUCUGCUCUGCUGAGGCACGAGUCACUCCUGAUGUCCGUUCAUAGAGUAUAUGUGUGCAUGCGAGUGCGUGUGAGAAGAAGCGAGAGCCGAACUGUGGCUUUGCUGAAGCAGACGGAUCAGAAUUUAGCGUCAGUCUGUAAAACCAUUGAAAUUAACACACCAGUACGAAGGCUGUUAUGUGGGGCUAGGGCAAAGACACGCACACACACACACAAAUACACAAAAACUAACGUUACGAUUGAAGGAUUUUGAGUGCCCUAGUGCCCAAGCGAUCUCUUGAUUAGACUACAGUGAAUGCAGUCUUUCAAAUGGAAAUCAUUUGCARCACACACAGACAUGCACACAUACAGUUACACAUUUUAAGAGUUUUUAUACAGUAUAUAUAUUUCCCUAGAAUGUUUUUUAAUUUGUAUUAAAACGCCUUCAUUUCAAUUGUUUUUUUAAUUUUAUUUUCUACCAAUACUAAAAAGCUACAGACCAAGGAGCAACGCAGGACUUUUAUCCUUCCCCCUCUAAAAUAUAUUGUUUUUAUCUUUUCUGUUUAUAAAAGAAUAAUAAUUUAGUGUGGAUGUUUUUAUUUUGUCUUUGUUUCUUUUAUUUUCUUUAUUUUUUUUGAGAAUUUUUGUGUAUUUGUGCUUGUAUAUUUAAGGUAGUAGCAAAGUUCUGUCUGACUGUAAUAAAAUGUAUUCUUAGAUUUACCUAAAGCCAUUCUGAUCUAAUGUAAAGAAACAAAAAUAGGAAAAAGGAGAAAAAACACUCAUGAACCCGCCCCCUCUUCCCUCUCCCACCUGCUGUUUUUCCCUCUUUUUUUAAAAACUUGUGUAAAUUAAAUUUUAAAAAAAAAUCCCCGGGGGUACAAUUACACCAUAGAGAUAUGAUUUUACUAUUUUCUUCUCUUUUUUUAAUUUAUUUUAGAAAUUUCAGGAAUUCACAUUUUUCACAUUUUACAGGAAGUAAUUUUUCACAAAAUCACAAUUUUCUGUAUAUUCAUCUUGUCAAGUGAAUGAUCAAUGAAUUUAAGUUACUCUGUAACAUUUACGCUUCAUCACUGUUGUUUAAUUUUUUGUUAAGUUUUGUCAUAAUAUUUUUUAAUCAUAUGAUCAUUACCAUAAGAGUCACGCAGCAGCUUCACAUUGUGUUCAGUCUGCAUAUUUGGUUGCAGUGUCGAAUCUGUAAAGUCUACUAGAAAACUGCUGAAGUUAUUUUAUUGGUUUGUACAUUUUUAUUUUGUUGGAGUUGAUUCUGGCAACAUUUAUGAUUGCGUUUGAAUGGUGACUUGUACCUUCUCCGAACCCUGUAGAGAAAUCAUUGUUUGAUAUAUAUAUUUUUUUGAUUUGGUUAGUUUUUGCCCUUAAUUAAUGUAUGGUACCAAUAAAAAGAUACAUUUUCACUUAAAAAA